AUGAUCCAAGUUGAAACAUCGCCGGGAAUGAAGAAAGGUGUAGGAGGAGAGAAGCUGCAGCUAAACGGAGUGGCACUUUCUGCGAACAUUGGAGCCCACACCCUUUCAAUAGUCGGACAAGGGAAGGAACAGACGCUCGCCCCAAUCUUCAGGAUCUCGUAUUCAUGGCGUAAGCAAGAAAUAACCAUCCACUCUGUAACGUCAAAACGUCCCAUUGCCGGGCACCCAUCCAACACCAGUUCAUCUAUUGUCAACGUCAUCGGAUCGGUCCGAUCUCAGAGGAUCUCAAUCAAUCUACGCGAAUAUCAGAGAUACAACGUCCUCGUAUGCUGCACUAUCGCCUUCAUCAAUCAUCUAUCCUCGCACGAUUGUUUCGUUUGUCCGAGUUCAUCGAGGACUUCUUUACAAGCACCUUCAGCUGCAAUGGGUGGUAGAGAUGAGUCUGACAGCUGCAUAAGAAUUCGUACGGGUGCUCACCGUUCCGACAGUGCCGUUCGAUAUGCAUGUGUCAGCGGUGAGAAGGCUCCGAAACAUUCAGGGCUGCCUGACGUUUGGUACUUCUUUCCUGAAACGCCCUUCAGCAAAAGUUGUGGCUCAUGGGCGCCUCUUUAUUAUAUGAGAGAGUGCGGAGAGGGCGAGCGAGAAGUUUCUUCACAGUCAAACGUGCGGAGACCGACAGCCUCUGCCGCUCUGAAUCCAAGAGCCGGACUUGGGGAGGAAACUAUAGUCGGCACCCCUUCCACCUAAGACGCGCUGACGUGUCCCUAUCUAGCUGUCUUAUGCCAUGCUUUCGAGCGAAAAAAGUUGUACCACUCGCGCAAUCUCUGUAUGGAGAAUGGCAACCAGAACAAGUAUCUAUAUCCACUAUAUUUAUCUGACCGCUGACAUAUAGCGCGAACUUCCUCAAGAGUAGACUUCAAGUGUGUAUGUGCGACUUCGUAACCUCCCGAGUCCAUCGAC